AUGCCCGACGCCGUUGUAGUACGAUUACCGGGUAUCAACGUUCCUGAGGACGCUAAAUUUGAAGUUUUCAGCAAGAAUCAGAAAAGCAAGUCACAAGAUCAGCUGAUCGAGGGCGAGCAUGGCAGUAUAGCCUACGAGGGAACUCAGGAUGAUCACAAGUACUGCUUGGCUAUUAAGGACGCCAAAACCGGCAAAAUUCGGUUGGUCGAGGCUCCAGUUCACUCUGUGUCAAGCCAUGUCAAAGAUAGAAGAGAACUCGAAGACAAGACGGUGAUUCGACAGGCCAGUGUGCUUCGUUGGGAACAAAGAACUGCCCUGGGCGAGGCCUUUGGUACAAAGAAGGCUAAAGCCGCUAUCACUGAUGCAGCACGUAACAGACUGGACGCUGAUAUGCUCGAGGGCUUUGAAGGCGCUAUUGUUGACAGCGUGAAAGAUGCUACAUCCAGCUUACCUUCGAAGGAACAACGUCAACAGGCCAUGACGGCAGAUCGUCCCAUCCCCCAGCAUAACUCUGAAACGAGUAACGUGGACGAGAUCUAUCCAAUUGAUGGAAUUGUAUCCCAGAACGAGCUUCAUGCUAUUGAUAUUGAGGCCAUUGAAAAGGCUAGUAAUGCAGAAGAGCGGGCUCAGGCUCUUCCCUUCAAGGUUGGCGAUUACGUUGAUAACCGUAUUGCUUCGGUUAUUGCAGAUGGCUCUGAUGUGCGUCGUCGCUUGCGUAUUCUAGCUUAUAUCGGUUUCCUUAUGGCCGUUUAUGGUGCUCGUAGAGCCACAUCCAAGCCCAAGUUAGUCGAGAAGCUUGGAGCUGAAGUGCCCGACGAUCUCGUAGAUGGUGCUCUACGUCGGUUUGCUGUUUCAAAAGCCGGAAUGUUUGGCACCACCAAGGAGCGUAACUUCACCUUUGAUCCUUCUCAUUGCGACAAACUUUUGUGCUAUAUGCUCGCCCUUACGCUCCAUAUUGAUAAUUUCCAGGUGAAUGUUACCCCCCUGGCUCAUGAGCUGGCUCUCAAGCCAUCUAAAUUGAUUGAUUUAUUCCGCAAUUUGGGUUGCACCAUCAAAAACCCCAGUGCGACCCAGGCCAAAGAGCUCGGUCUGUCUUCGACCCAAGCGUCGACAUACCGUAUUGCUGUUCUUAAGGCACCACUAGUCUUGCCAGAUGUGGUUCGUCGCAAACGCCGUUAA